AUGAGCUGGCUGGGCACAACGACCGAGCACCGGUUUCCGUUCAUGAGCAUCGCACGGAGCGCGUGCAAGGCCGUGGAUCGAUGCGUCGCCGACGUGCUUGCCCACGCUUCGCGCCUCGGCCACGUUUUCUUGGCCGUCGAAGACACGCCGGACGCGUUCGUGAUGGAGCUCAAUGCUCAUUUCCCACACACGUCGCGCCUCCUCGAGCGACAUGCGCCGGCCAUGGUCUUCAAGGCGCCACAGGCUUCGACCAACGACAUGUACGACGCCAUGCUGACGGAGAUCGUCGCCCAAGCCCGGGCGGUGCGGACGCAGUGCACGGUGGCGCUCACUGUCUUUGGCCCUGACGCGCUGCGCGCAGCCUGCCACCGAAUCGCCAAACGUCUCGCAACAGUCUUACCCAAAGCCAUCUACACUAUGGCAACGGCCACGUCUGUCUCGAGCAUGGAGGCCCGGCUGCGGCAGGUCGAUUCGCAUCUGGAUCGGAUUGUCAGGCACGCGACACCGCUCGACCUCUCGAUCGCAACCCCACUGGCGCCUGUCUGCGUCGACCUGUAA